AUGAGUGGCUACAACACCGUCCAGGACGGGGAAAAUUCAUUGCUUCAUGCUGCGGUGCUGUCUGGGGAUGAGACCUUGGUCCAACGGCUCAUCACACAACGCGCGGAGCUGAACAAGGAGGAGGACGAUUCCACUCCUUUGUUCAAAGCUGUUGGCCUGGAUGACCCUGCCAUCGCCAUCGCCCUUCUUUCAGCUCGGGCACCUCGGAACCGUUAA